UCUUAUUCCUGAACCAAAAGAACCACCAAUAGAAAAAAUUAAUUUAUAUUUAGAUCCAUUAGUUGAUGAGCUUAAACAAUUAUGGGCCGGUCAAUCAUUUGCAACUAUAAAAUAUCCAGCUAGAAGAAUGUAUUAUGGAGCUUUAAUUUUAGUUUCAUGUGAUACACCAGCAAGAAAUAAAAUUUGUGGAUUUUCUAGCCAUUCUUCUAAACAUGCAUGUUUUAAAUGCAAAAAACUUUUUAAAACUAAUGAUACUUCAGAUCAAUCAAAUAUUGAUAAUUAUUCUUUAUGA